AUGCAGAACGAGAGUGGAGAGGUGGUAGACACGUACAUACCAAGAAAGUGCUCGGCAAGUGGGCGGAUCGUCGGCGCCAAGGACCACGCCAGCGUCCAGAUAGCCAUCGCUGAGGUGGACGAAAAGACGGGGCGAAUGAACGGCAACCUGAAACACCUUGUCGUCUCAGGGUUCAUUCGAGGGAUGGGAGAGAGCGACGGCUGUCUCAAUAGACUGUGCUCCGAGUCAGGAAUACUAGCUACCGUCGCGGACCAACAAUGA